AAGCAGUCAUUUCUCCUCUCUGGCUGCAUUCUUGCAGCCAUUGAGAAAUACUGUGUGAGCUGUGCUUGGUCACAGCUUGUCACAUGGUACAAGGCUGUUGUGAAUAGCCUUGUACCAUGUGAUCUCUGUGAUCAUUCACAGAUUUCACACGAAGUAAGCAAUGUCAGAAGUGACAUCUUGCUUACUCCUAUUCAUGUGAUCACUGAUUGGCCAAUCAGUGGCCGACUGACACAGAGAUCCCGUACAGUGGCUCCCAGGGAGUGCGCACAGUCCAAAAUG